AUGAGAGUCAUUUUUGGUGUAGUCGUGUUAGUAGCCUUUAUAGGUCAGAUGGUCUUAGGGGCACCAAUGUGCGAGUGUGCGUCGAAACAAGAUGAGCAAUCCUGCCUGCUUGGGCAUUUAAUUGAUGUUAUCAAUAAGCUCAUAAACUGCCAAGAGAAACCCAAAGCCUGUCUAACGCUUAAAGACGUGCAAAAUGUUAGCAGUACCACGGAAUGGUCAACAACGUCGGUGUGGAACGCAACGACUUCUUCAAAGUUAACACACGCUGUACAUGCCGGUUACGAAUCCACCACAUCCACCUCGUCUUCUCCAGCUGUAACCGAAGGAACCUCUACAGACAUGCCUAAGUGGACAUCCCCCAACACAACGGCCAGCACAACGACUAGUCGGAAAUAUUCACAUUAUCCAAAACUGUCAUCCACGAAGGCCACGACGGAAACACCAUCGACAUCUACUGAAACAACCACCUCCGAAUAUUGUCCUGCGAACCACACAUCCUCUACAGUGUCUAGUACAACACUUGCAACAAAUCCAGAAACAACGGUUGACACCUGUCCAGCCUCAUCUGAGACGACAACCAGAAACCCCGACAUUUUGCUUAUUCCCGUUAUGAAGGUUGGCGACGAAACCAAACCGGUUGAUUUAGUGCAAGUACUUAAAUGUUUGUUUGCUAGAGAAAAAUGA